UGACUUACUAUUGGAAAAUAUUAUAACACAGAAACAGCAAGACUGAGGAAAAUAUCUACUCAUUUUGUCAGAAGUUUCUAUUGGCAGUGAACAGGAACAACAGGAAGUAGAUCACUGACGCACACUUCAGGAUCAAGAAGUAUGGAGGAUUCCUUCCUGGUCCGAUGUGACAGCCUGGAUGCUGGUUCAGGGUGUGACAGGGAGGUGAUGACCCCGAUCGGCCAUAAGACCCUUGACCCUGAGGGCUCUGACCCCACAGAAAACCUGGAGCCUUCGCCAGCAGAACUGGCUCAGUGUGAGGCUGAAGUUGGGACUCUGCUCAGCAUCAUUGCCGAACUGAACAAGAAGAUGGGCUCAUUAAAGGCACCCAGUGAACCGGAGAUCCUUAGACCACGAGGACCAUCAAGAACUCUGGUUCCAGACCUCCUGUCCCAUAGGCUGGCCAGAAGCAGUCCAGAAAGGAGCACUGCGUCUGCUGCCAUAUCUAAAUCUCCACUGACUGACCGAGGGAGCGGUGGUGUAGUGUGGACCAAACUGCAGGAGGUUUUAUCAUCAGUGGAGGACUCCAUCAGCUGUAAAAGGUCCUGGGCCGCCCCCAUCACAGCCUCUGACCAAGACAAGCACAGAGAGCAUCUGCAAGCAGCCCAGGAGAGCUGGGUUAAAGCCGCUCAGAUAUUGGAGGAGAUGGAAAUAGAGUUUGGGAUUUCAUGCCCAUCAGGCCUGCCAAAGGACAAAUAUCCAGGAGACAUCCUGGAUCUGGAGAAGCGAGACUCUGCUCUCAGAACCACCUUGCAGAGUCACCAGGAGGAGCUGGAGAGAACACAAAGCACAUUCCGCCAGAUGGAAGAGGACAAGAACAAGCUGGUUGGUCUCCAUAAGUCCAGGAGGUCGGGCAGUCGCUCUCCUUCCUACCGGCCCACUGCAGGGUCUCUCAGUCCUGACUGGGCCUCCCCUCCCUUCCCUGGUUCACCGUUACUCCACAGAAGAGCAGCCAGAGCUGUCACACCUCUGUCUGUGGGAGGCGAUGGUUCUCCAGUGGGCUCUGUUACUUCAUGCAGUCCUUGUCCUAGUCCCAUCAGCCUGGAGUCUGAGACAGAACGACUGAACAGGUGCAUUGAGAGGCUGAGGGCCAGAAAUGAACGGCUGACUGCAGCUCUGGAGCGAAGGAAGGGAGAGUCCGAACAGAUCAGCAUUGCACUAAACAGACUUGAAGCUAACUGCUCUGCCCUUCAGACAGCUCUCAGAUACUGUGAGGAGUGUGAGGAGGCCUACAGUGAGCUGCUGUCACUUUAUGACACCAAGAAGCAGCAAAGCAUUCCUCUGCAGACGGACUCAGCAGAGGCAGUCGGUGACAGGCAGCAGCCCGGCAGUCAAUCAGCUCAGCUCAUGGGAACUGAAGAGCUGUCCACCUCCUUCACAACAGCAGGAGUCACAGAGGAGAUGGAAACACAGAGUCACAAAGGGCAGAGGACACCUGAGCUGUUGGAGCGAGAGACUGUUCUCCGUCAGCAAAUUGAGCGCCUGAAGAGAAACCGAGCUGCCAUUUGUCUACCUAAGCUGAGACCAGGAGUUGAGGGCAAAAUGAGCCCCGAAACUGGUCAACCGGCUGGAUCUAGAGGGGGACAUGUGACUAAAGACACCAAACCUCCUGAUUCCAAGAAAGAGAAGGCUUCCCUCUUCUAUGAACUCAUCUCUGUCAGGGAGGAGAUGUCAGAUCUGCGAUCUCUAAUCCGCCUCAAGGAAAAAGAGCUGAGGUGUCUGGAGUGGGGUUUAAUGGCCCAGAAGGCCCAGGAAGCAGCUGGAGCCUUCGUUCCAGAAAGCCUUAAAGAGGAGAUGGAGGAUCGUAAGACCGAACAACAGAGGCUCUGUGAAAAUGAAGCUAAACCCGGUAAUGAUGGGGACAUCGCUGAUCCUCGAACCAGACCCAUUCUGAAAGAGCUGCAGGCCGUCCUGCAAAGGGAACAAGCCCUGAAGAAGAGACUGGCUUUAGUUCAAGACUCACUAAACACAGCUCUGUCAGACAGCUCUUCGCACAGGAGUGACAAUGGAGAGCAGAUUGCCCGACUUACACAAGCUCACAGUAAAGCCUUGAGUUCGUACCGGCAGAUUCGCCGGAAGUACCGGGAGCAGGUGUGGAGGCUGGAGCAGAAAGUGGCGGCCAUGACAGAGAGUCACUAUCUCCAGAGUGGAGCACCGAAAGCUGCAGCGGAGGCCUUGGAGUUGAGGAGGGAAGAGACGGUUCUGUGAUCUUAUGAUUCUCCAUUCAGAGACGCAGGUGUCCUACUGUAAUAGUCAAAUUAAUUUAAGUUGCUUGUAUGCAAUUUUAUAAUUUGUGGAGUUAUUGAGAUUUUGAGCAUGUUAGCAUUUCGCUCAAAGCUGUGCCUACAGCCUCACAGAGUUGCUAGCAUGACUGUUGACUCCUAGUCUUCUUAUUAAGAUGUUAUAUUGUUACUUAGUUUGCUUGUAAAGUAUUAUGUACCUUUUCAUCUAUGUAUCUGUCAACCCAUCAAUGACAUCUAGAGCAGUUCGUUCAGGCAUUCAUUAGCUGAGAGAGGUAAAUUAAGCGUAUGUAGGUCAGUAGAACAUGGAAAGUCAGUUGUCAGUUUUGCCUUUUCACCCCUUGUGAGAGUCACCAAUAAACAGAAAAAGGAAUCUAGAGCUUAACUCGUCUAACAGGACUCACACAUCACAAGUCACAUUCCUUAUUUCAGAGAAACAGCUGUCAUGCAGUCAUGAAUGUUAGAGGCUGAUUCAAGGACUGAACCCUCUGAGGACCUCGGGGCUGACCUCAAGAGUGCACAUGUCCUUUUUCCCAUACAAGCCGACUGUAUAAAGCCACUCGCGGCCGGCCGUGCUGCCGUCACAAAGCUCAGAGAAGGGGGAUGGGGGCCAGGACAAUGGCUGAUGUGCACACAAAAUGUUCGGCCAGCCCAUUUGUCUUCUUAGCACUUUCAUGGCUCUCUCUGCCUUUCACUCUUACCCCUUCUCUUCAAUGGUUGGCUUGUAGCUAGAAAAAAAGGCUAUGACGUGACAUUGGGGUAAAGUUGAUCCUCUUGGAAAAGAGCGAUUGCUUGAAAUUAGAUUACAUUUUUUUGUGUUAAAUGAAUAGUUCACUCCACUUAAUCAUUGAAAUCCUGUAACAUUUUCGGACUCGCGAUGAACAGUUUAAAGAAAAGGAUCAGAACUGAUGCAGCAGACCCAAAAAUAUUAUCUUUUCAUUCAGUGCUUCUUCUUACUUUGUUACUUACUCAAAACCUGGCGCCUACAUUACACAUAAUGCAGCUUGACUGUCAACAGUUGAUUGAUUAUGAUGAUUAAUUUUGUCUCUAAUAGUUAGAACUUUGUUGUUAAGAAGUUCAUGAAGGCGCUAAUCAUGAAUGCUAUAGGAAUACAUUGCUCAACAGUGCUAUGGCUCAGCCUGGCUACAGUGCUGAAGAGAAACCUGGGGUUGUUCUUAUUUUUCUCUUUUAAUGACGAGUAAAGGCUGCUCUAGCAUUAAAGAGGGCCUUCCUAUAUGUUUUAAGACUAUCUCGCCAGACUAACCGAGAUUCUCCCAGAUUGGUGAAACACCAUCAUUGCUUUAUUUCACUUAUAACUCCAUUUCCUCUCCCUCUAUUGUCUCUCCUCACUCAUCUCUCAAUCAUCUCCAUCCCCUCUCCCCCCUACAGCCGACCCCCUACCCUGACCUACCCGAGCUGGUCAGCUGCAGCUGUGACCGGCGGUCAGGAGGUUAAGGCAAAGGUUGAGUGUCACGCCCACAGGGUCACAGCGAUGCAGCGCUGUUGUGUUAGCCUGUGAAUGGAGGGUUCAGAGUGCCAGACGAGGUGGCGAGCCCCUGACGCCCUGACUCUUGCCUGAGCUUGCCCUUUCCCGAGCAGAGGUCACCACAGAGGGCCAGCCCUCGCUGCUCCCCCCAUACCUCCAGGUCACCAUCGCUAUUGUUGUAAUAGCUGCCAUUAGAGCAGAUGAUACAAUUAUCGUUCCAUUUUGUGUUCUGUCUCUCUAAUAUCUAUGUUAAGCUUCUGAGUUCAUCAAAGGUUUUUCAGACAACAUGAUUGUUGUAACCUCUGGGUGACUCUUGUAUCAAAGAGGCCACAUUAUGCCAAACUGUCCUCUGGAAAGAAAAAGUUUUUUAUUAUCAUUCAAUAGCUCAAACAAAGUACUAAUACAACAGUGUCGAAUUACGGUAUUACAAGUCCUGAAUUCAAAAUCUUACUUAAGUAAAAGAAGAAAUAGUACCAGCAGAAUGUACUUCAAUCAUAAAAGUAAAAGUACUCGUUCUGCAAUCAAAUGGCCACGGCUUCUGAUUCAUUACGCUAUACUGCAAUAUAAAUUUGGUAAAUUAUGCUGGAGCUCAACUUGACCACUUAAUAUAUUGAUAUAGUAGUUCAUUUAUACUCAUCGUAUGAUUUCUUGAAUGUAAAAUCACAGUAAUCAAAGUAACCAGUUUAAAUAUAUAUAUAUUGUGGAGUACUGGAGUAUUUCCCUCAGACAUGUAGUGGAGUAUAUGUAUCAAAAGGAGUCUUCAAUACUUCAAUACAGUAUUUAAGUAUAUGUGACAUUCUCCCACUGAAAGUCAUUGGAGUGCUGGAGGUUUUUGCUUUUAAAUAAAUGUUAUUCAAACAUACCUCAACAUUUCUUUGUGGAGUAACUAAAACCUUGUUUUGACCUUGACCCAACAUGAAAGCAUAAAAGGUGUAAUCUAAUCUUACUCAUGAUAAAAUGAUUGUAGCUUCGUGUGAUGAAAUAUUCAUUGAAUAUCAGUUUUGUAAAAGUGCACUAAAGAACAAAUGAGAUAAAAAAGGCAAACAAAGCACAUGAGAAUGGGCUGAUUAGGUAUUUAAAUAUUAUAAUUUUUUGGUAUGGUAUAGAGGAUGUAACACUCUCAUGUGGUGACAUUUAAACUCUACAUCUCUGGACACAUUUUCAAACCCCCACAUGUAACAGCCAGCAUUCGAGCCUGUGGAUAGGGGAGUUUUUCAGUGCCUGGGAAAAAUACUCAAACCAUUAUGAGACAACGACAGAGGCUGUCAAUCAGUGUGGGGGUGGACGCCUACUCGUACACACACACACACACACACACACACACACACACACACACACACACACACACACACACACACACACACACACACACACACACACACACACGCACACACACACACACACUCACAAACACCACCACAAGAAGGGAGGGGCAGUGACCUAGGGGUUUUAGGUCAACUCAUUUACUCUUUGCAUCCGUUCCUCAUUUUAAUAAGUUGUCCCUCUGUAAGCUGUGUAAAGAGAUCACAGCCUGCGGCUUCAUCCCCUUGCCCUCUCUUUUCUCAAAGCCAUUAGCUCACCUGUCACAACCACUUCAUAUCCCUUCUCAUCUCCUCCUCGUCUCUGUAUCUCUCAGCUGUGUGCCACGCUGACCUGACACCUCUCUCCUGAGUUUUCUGACAUCAGUCAGCCCGUGGAGAGGUCAGGAGGAUGGGCGUGCAAUUGGCAUGGAGAAGCACGAAAGAGAUUUGACCUCAAUCAAAUGGCCGAUCACAUCCGUUUUGUGCUCUCGCCCACUCAGAUAAUGGCAGUAAACAGCUCAGACCAACCACCCAAACCACCAGAUAAAAAGUGAAAUCUUGUUGCCGGUGAAACUGAGACAAAUAUUGGGGAUUUUCAUGCUCAAGCUCCUAUCAAAGGAUUGCAUGACAGCUUGUCUAGAGGUUAAAAGAGUUGUUUGACGCCUGAGAUUCAUCCUGGAGCACCUGGCACACUGCAGGAAGGCUUUGUUUCCAUUAUUUAGUAAAGCGAAAUAAGAUAUAAUUAUUUAUGGAAAACAGUAAAACUAUGUAAAGAAUAUAUUCAUUUGGAAUAAGCACAAUUAACUUUCAAAUCAAGUGACAAUGAAAAACUAAUCUUUUACUUUGAACUAAUCAUUAAUCGAAAAUUCCUGAAGGAGAUUACUUUUUUAAAAACAGCUUAACAGAUUUCUUGUGGUCAUAGAUACAUUCAUUCUGUUUUAUACAGAGCUCAUUUAUUUUUUGAGAAGAAUAUAGUGGAGAAGCACAUUGUUCUGUAGGCUGUAUAGUUUGGGAUAUUUGAUAGUAACUUGUAUGCUGCAGGACUGCUGAUUAUAUCACAAUACUAUAUCAGUACUGUACCUUGUUUUAUAUGUAAGCACACAUGUUAUGUAUGCAUUAUUUACAUGUAUGUAAUAUUACUUUGACGUACCUUUAUUUACAUAAUCAUUGACAUUUUUGUCACAGUAUGUUUUUCCUAUGAAUCCCAGGAAGAGGUACUGUUGCACUGGUAACAGUUUAUUUAUUUGGAGGAUAAAACAAAUAAACUAUAAAACAUUUUAUUAGUCCAGAUACUCAUUAACAGGGUUUCGGGACAGUGCCUGUUUAUUAAGAAAAUGUUUGUGUGAUGUUGGUUUUUUCAUUGUGUAUCUAGUCUGUGGUGUUUCUGUGUAAAACAUGUUUUACUUUAUGUUCUUCGGUUCAGGAACCCCAUUUAGUAUGUGGUUUGCAGCAAUGUUUUUUUUUCUUCUGUGGAACAUGAAUGUCAACUUAAUUUGGUGUUUGUGGUUCAUGUGAUCCCAUAUGCGAUGGACAUUUUUUAGAUGAUGUAUGACACAAAACAGAUUCCUCUAUACCAACAAAUGGGAUAAUAUGAAUAUAAUAUGAAUUUCAGUAAAUCAGUAAAGAAACACAACACAUAGAGUUGUAUCUUACAGAUGUAACACCAGUUAAACACCUUUUUUAAACACAGGUUUUGGACCAACAUGUUCUCCACUACCAUCAACAAAACACUAAAUGAACAAAUACCUUUUGGGGGAAUGUUGUUUCAUUUCUUAAAAUCCAGAUAUUUGUAGACUCAAACUGUGAAGAAGAAGAAAUAGCAAAUAAGAUGUCGGUAACCAAAGUUAAAGUACAAAAAAAGUGGUUUGAACCCCAAAAGUUUUCAGUCAAUCAGUUGAAGUCAGGGUUGUACCUGAAGAUGCAGCCACUUCAGCUUCUUUUGGUUUCCCUUACAGUGUUUAAUAAUCCUUUAACCAUUAUCAAUUCAUCACCAACAUGUGCGCCAAGUGCUUACCUGCAGUCACAGGCGUCCAAAGAUCUGCCUCACUGAAAACCUCCCCUCACUGCGAGGGAAGUGUGCAAGUGUGUGAAACCUUUUUGUACUAUUUAGAAUCAAACUGUGGAA